AGUCAAUCGACAAUGGACGUUUCGUAUUCUAGUUCGAGUCUCCAAGGGUAUAAACUGCACUUGUACUCGAGAGAGGUCACAUUACCUCUCAAGUACUCGCCAGUUCCCAAAGCGGCGACUCCAAAUGAUCUAUUCCAUCGGAAAUUGGCCACGAGUGGUGAUGUGAUAGAACUAGACAAUUCACUCAUCAAUGCGGUGGCAUACGAAGUAUUAGGGGAUUUGAGAACCGUCACAAUCACACCCAUCAAUACCGGCCCAAAUAAUUUAUCAUUGAACUUCCAAAGUUUGAAAUUCCUCUUGCCUCAUCCUUUGAUCUCAACUAGUUGCAUCAAUGUUCAGUAUGACAAAGAUAAUGGAGAUGAAGGUGCCAUUAUUAUAGAUAUCAUUGACACCGAUCACUUAUUCAUCACAUUCAAAAUCGAAUUAUCCGACUUUAUCAAAACCAAGUCUAAUAGAUUGACAAUCAGCAAUUUCAGUCAAUGGGGUAACAUAUCUGUCCCUUACUCGUUUGAAUUGAGAUCCUCGCCAUAUUUGUUGAAAAGCUUGGACUCCCUAAACUUGGUUGUAUCUUUGAAGGAUGGAGGCUUAUUGCAUUUCCAAAGAUCUACAGUGCUCAGCGACUUCGAUGUAUUCAAUUUCAAUGAAGCACCUGCAUUGUUGCCAUUAAACUUCAUCAGUGGACUUUUCAAGAAAAAUGCUCAACUGGAAGUUGUAUUAGAAGGCAUUUCAUCGAACUCGGUUGUGGAUGCCAUUGCUUUGGGAAAGGACAAUUUUGUUACCCUCUCGGUAAGUAAGGUCCUUAAAGUUUGGAGUUUGAAAGAUCAUAUUCCGGUUCUGAAUCCAAUUUUCAUAAAUCAGAAGAUUGAUACUGAAUCGUGGUUGACAACCGUUCCAACUAGGCAUUUGCUGAUCUACACGGAUGGAGCCAAGGAGUAUUUGACUUUACAUGUUAGCAUCAACUCUACAGACUCAAACUUGGACAAAAGUGGAUUUCAAUUUAAAACUUGGGAAGUUUUGGAUUCAACUAGCCUUUCAGAGAUUUCUAGUCUUAGCUUUGAACCCGAGUUGCCCAACAUUUUAUUGGUCACAUUGAGUAGUUCUAAGCAAGAAGCUGAUUUCAGAAAUAGAUUGUGGUUCAUUCAAGAUUAUCGGACUCAAAACCAUGGGGAUUUCGUCAAGUAUCAUAUCUUAUGGAAAUCCAAUACCUCAUCGGUCUUGGUGGUUUACGCUUGCAACAUUCAAACUGGUGCAGUCGUAUCAAUCAACUGGUCACAUAUAAACAAUCAUGAACUUGUGGAAACUGCUCCCCAUCAGGAAAUAUCACAUUACGCUAACGACAUAUUGAAUUGUGGAAAGUAUGACGAUUUAAUUGUCAGAACUUCCUUGAACGUCCUUAGAGAAAAUUUGGGAGCUGAAAGUAUUGGCAGUAAACCAAUAAGAACUGAAAUAGAUGAAACCCUUCUGAUUUGGACCAAUUCUUUUGGUGACUCCGUGGGGCAAGAUCCCGAACUCUCCACGAUGGUAGACUAUUCAAUAAGUGAAUUAGACCCAUCCAGUAAUGGUGAUUCGAGCAAAUCUUUUUGGUUCAAACUUUAUUCACUUUGUGCAGAGUAUAAGAAGUUGAGCGAAGAGACAUUGGCUAUUGGUAUAUUGUCACAAGCUUCAUUGCUUUUGUCUUUGGAAUCAAAUGGGUUGGGGAUAUUCAGACCAUCUCAUUUCUACGAAUCUUUCUUGUACAAGAAGAGAAACUCUCCUGAAGGGAAAUUAGCAGGAAUAUUGUCUAGAUUCCCAAGUCUACUUUCUACAAAGUCUAACCAAAAGCUUUAUAAAUUUAUCAAACAGAGUGUCAGCUUGACUACAGAACAAACAAACGAUAUUUUUGAUACAUACUUAAGACCCAAAAUCCCAAAUGAAAUUAUCGAAGAAAUAUUGUUGGAGGUCGAGUCCAUCCCAAUGGAUGUCAUUAAUUCUCUCAUCGACUCUUUAAACGAAUUUGAGAUGAUUGAUAUUGAUAGAAUGGAUGAUGGACUGGAACUUGGCUCCCUUAACAAGCUCAACACAAUAGAGACUUUUAGAGAGAUCAAGGGUGCUCAUGAAAACUUGCUUUUUAAUUUACUCAUUUUGAUCCUUCUUUGUGAAGGCGAAGAUCAAACCACUUUUCUCAUCAAUAAGAUUCUUACAAAGUUGAAUGCUUACGAUGUUCUUGAAUUGAUAAUUGAUACAAGUUUCAAGUCUCUAGAGGUAACAUCUCCCAUCGAAAAUUCUGGACUCAGUAAUGUUGAGAAUUCUCUCUUUUGGUCCAGUAUUGUUUCCAGGCAUCACAGUCUAAAGGAUUUAAUUGUCAAGUCAAGACUCAAUGAAGCAUUCGAUUAUUUGCAUGGGAGAGUGCUCUCAAAUUAUGAUAACUUUAUUACUGAUGUUGCAAUUGAGUUGAUUGAUCGAAACGAGGGAAGUUUUAUAAGAAAGAAGUUUUUCGACAAAUUGAAUGUUUCUAGAAGCAUUGACAAAUUCUUGAUUGGAUUGGUCUACUUAAUUGACAACGAGGCAAAGUAUUUCUUUGAAGCUUUUGAAGAAUACAACAUAUUAGAUCAGAGAGAUCAGAUUGACAAAAUCAGAAAUGAGUUAAGCAGCAAUGAACCAAUUAAAAAUUUCUUGGAUUCAAUUUUUGAUGAAAAUUUAAGUGGAGAUUUAAGAAAAGCACAAUACUAUCACUCUUUGUCAGAACUUGCUAAAUUGCAAGCUAGCACAGCUCAAAAAUCCAGGCAUUCCUUAAUUCUCACGGAUGACAAAGCAGCCUUAACAAUUGUUGAUGAUUCGAACUCUGUUGUUCCAACCAAGACUACAUCUGCUUUCUUGGACGUUGAAGUAAGCUUCAAUCAGACUGCAUUAAAAUUCGAACAAAAGGCGAUUGAAAUUUUGAAAAGCACUGAAGCUACUGAUUCCACUACCAGCUUGAUCACUCAAUACUACUUAAAUGUCUUUGAAUUAGCCAUGGCUUUGACUGAUUAUGAUCUCAUUUAUGAAUCUUUACUAAACUUGGACACCUCAUAUAAUGAUUCAGAUUCUUACAAGGAACUUUUCACCAGAUUCCUCAAGAAGUUAAUUUUCAAUCAUUCUAUUGCUAUCAUUUUCCCUCCAAACAAGAACACCUUAUACCAAAAGAAGUAUAUUUUGAUUGACAGCGUUCUAUUACAGUUGGCUAAUGAUGAGCUUGCAUUAUCCAAAUCUUUAAGAUACUAUGAGUACCUUUAUUCAUGGAGAUUGUUUGGAGCAUCCAAUGAGCUUGGCUCAGAUCAAUUGGCUGACAAGAGAGGUGCCAUCGAAGCAUUGUACUUAUUCAUCACUAGAUUCAGAUUCGAACACUCACAUUUGUUGCAAUCAGAACCAAGCACCGAUGAUGUUAAGCAAUACAAAUUGAAAAUCCUUGAGUUGUACAUGAUCAUAUUGAACUGUUUGAGAAGUUUCAAGGAUGACGAAGAUAAGUGGAUCUUGAAGUCCAAGGACAGUAAUCACUUGAAGAUCAUUCGUUUGGACGAGUUGAAGAUUGAAUACUAUGACUGGUUGAAGGAGUUGGAAGGAGACUUAAGAGAGGACUAGUCCUAGUAAGUAAUGUACAUUAGCUUUCUGUAAUAGAUAAUUGAACUAUAUAACGAUGCGAAUAACGAAUAUUAUUCAAAAGUCAUUAUACACCUUAGUCUGGCGUGAUGAAAUCAUUUUAAAUGCCCUAUCUUUCGUAGUGAAUAAUUUAUUGUGGACGAUAGCUCAACCAAUGUUAGCCUUCAUGUUUCCUGCUCCCUUCGGAUUCUCGUCUUUCCAAUCGUCCCAGUGCCUCUUCUCCAAUUCAUCUUCACUAUCAUCCGUGUCACUUUCAUUAGUAUCCUUCACUUCUUCCUUCAUCAUCUUACCAUUGGCCAAUUCAUAGUCAAGGUACUCCUCGACAGUCAUCGAAGGUAGAACUUGACCUGUUCCGAAUACCUUUUCCUUUAAUUGUUGUCUAUUGCUGGUAAUGGUAAAAGGUCU